AUGCUUCUUUGCAGGUCAGAAGAGGAGCUAUCUGAGAUUCAAGGGACUCAGCUAUUGAACACAACAUUGGGAGUGAAAGAAUAUGUAGAGAGUGAGUUUGAAAAGCUGGAAGAGGAAGUCAUACUUCCCCACAAGCAGCUUUUCCCUUUCCCUAUAACAUUGGAGGAUUUCUUUUGGGCUUUUGGUAUACUCAGAUCAAGAGCUUUUUCUCGCCUCCGCAACCAAAACCUUGUCUUGAUUCCUUGUGUAGACCUGGUAUGUUCUCCUUCACCCUCAUCAAGUCAGAUCUGA